GCAUAUAAAUAAGUACCUUAUAUCAUAUAUUUUAACUAUUUAAUUAGUUAAAUUUCAUACUCAUCAGCUACGUUUCUCCUUAGGCGAUUUACUAGAAAAUUGAUUUUCACCUUAAACAGAAAUCACAUUUAAUUAUUUUUCUCUCAAAACAGAUUCGAGCGCGCCAAAAAAUUAAAUAAAUUAUGCAACAGCUGUCAUUAAUAAAGUCGAGCGCGAAAAAACCAAAAGCAACAAAAAAUCGAAAAUAUCCCACAAUGAAUCAAGGUCAGUGUAAAAACAGCAUAAAUGCAACAGCAGCGCCAGCAACACAACAGCGGCAAAUUGAAGUUGCAUUUUGCGUUGAAAAUCCAGUUUUGUAUUUGGUGAGGUGCACUUGUUGUUUAAAAAACACACAAGCCGAGAUAUAUUCGAGAAAACGCACUCACGCUCACUCACGAGUGACUAUUGAUUUCUUUUACAUAUCAAGUGAGCUGAAAUUGAAAUUGAUUCAAUCAUGCCGCACAGGUUUGCAUCUCAGGCUGAGAGAAUGCCGGCGCUCUGUUUUUGGGGAAAUAUAAAUUCACUCCAUGUCAAAAUCAAUUCACAGCAAGAAAAUUAAAUUUUUGCCAUAUCGGGUUUCAUAUUUUUCAUAUUUCCCACCGACGAACUGAACUCACAUCUACACUCACACUCGCAUCCACAGAUCGCUUUUUUGGGGCGUGUCAGUGUCUGGGUUCUUGUAAUUAAUCGCCGCGAAUGCAAAAAUUUAUGAGAUUUUCAUGAAUUUUUGAAGCCUUCUGCGGAGUUAUGUGGGUUGCCCACGGAUUGGCAUUGAAGUGCGUGGAAAACCGAAAAAAACACUCGCGGUGACUAUGUGCCAACUGACCAUAUAUCAAUUAAAGUCACAGUCACAACAAAAUCGUGUGACAAUUAAAUCCGCAAAAUACCGAACCGAUUGACUUGGCAAUCGUUCAACUGUGCACAUUUGCAUGGCUCGGCGAAAAAUACGAUAAACCGCUUUAACGAUUAUGUGAUAAACACUGAGAUUGAUCUGUCACAAUAUCCAGUGAAUGUCAUCUGAUCAGCCAGGCGGCUAAUAGCGAUAUAAUUAGUUAAUUAAGACCCGUCCAAAGGCAUGGGAAUCGAGGAUUGAUUUAGACGAGAUUAGAAAUCGGGAAACUUAAAGCGAUACUUAAAUAUAUAUAAGCAUUGAGGUUCCUUUGGAAAUUUAUCAUAAACGUAUCAGGCAUAGCAGCUAUAUUUCCAUUUAUGUAAAUUAAGCCAUGAGAAAUUCAGGUCCUUUCGCAGGUUAUUCACAAGCAAACAAACAAGUUUGGCAACCUUCUUCAGCGUUUUGAAAAAUAAUUUAAUCAGCCCGCCAAUUUUCAGCCAAACAAUCCCAAUCCGGAAAACGUGUGUUUGCAUUUGUCUGCCUUUUGGUUUUGAUUUUGUUUCCACUUAUUUUAUUUUGUUGCUUUGCUUUGCUUUACCUUUUUCAUUUUCUUCACACCCAACUUUGGAUGUAAAUAUUUGAAUUUUCCAUUCGUUUGCAGAUGGCUUAAAGUUUUCGAUUGUCUAGGGUUGAAAAUCUACCUCGAGGAUGUGUUGCUAGGGAAGAGUAAAAGCAACAAAUAAAUCCAUAGAUACCUUCUAUAGACUAUGUUUUUAGAUAAGAGAUUCAAGUGUUCAAUUCACUUUAUUUCACUUCCCGAAGUUUACAUAGUCAUUUUCAUCACCUUGUCGCCUACCUGCACAAACUCUUUCAAAUUCGCAUAAAAGAUACUAAAUAACCGAAUGCUUAUAAUCGAUAUUCAUAGUAAAUAAAUAACAAUCGUUGAUUGUUUACAAUUAGUUGAGGCGAGGGAAGCGCAAAGAUUAUUAUUCAUGAAUGAAAAUGGGCCAUAAAAUACUCCCCAGAUUCGAUUAGAGCCAAUUGAAUUCAUUCGUCGUCAGCGCUUGCGGGUUUUUUCGUGCUAUUUAAUACCUUAGAAAGAAUACUAUUAAUGGGUAUAUAUAGUUUAGACUCUGUUCCUAUAAUUACAAAAAUCAUUUGCUUAAACUUGUAUUAGUUUUGCUCACUUAGGCUUUUAAGUUGUGUAACUCUAAUUCUUUGGGAGAAUUCAAUACUGUAGGUUUAUACUAUGCGGUUUGAAUUGUCAUUGUAUCCCGUGUAAAAUGAGGUCAAUACUUUUCUGGGACUAAUAAGUAUCUUAAGGUCGUCAUUGUCAAGAACUGGCUCUGCAUUUUCUUAUAUUUUUGCCUUAUCCACAGGCACUUUUCCGAGGUGCCCAACUAUCCGCUCAGUUGUUGCUGUUUUCGGUUGCUAGUUGCGAGGUCAGUGGAACAUAAACAUGCCAUAAAUCAUCCGGCAAAAGUGUGAGGGAAUUCGCGGAGGAGGUGGAUGUGGCUCGUGCUGGGAAAUCUCUUUUAUUUUUGGACAUAUUUUUGUCCUUCCUCAUCCUGCACUGAACUCAUCAUACUGACAUUUGGGGCGCGCGGAAUGUGAAGUUAAGAUUCAUUUAGUUGUUGGGCGCGCAUAUACGAAAAAAGCGAUUCGUCGACACUUUGUAGCCCAUCGCAAAUCUAAAACUGUCAACAGACUCAUUAAUUAUGACUUGGUCAUAGUGGUGAAAAAUGGGUCGUGGCCCACGAUUCGGCCGGAAACAUUCUGUGUCAAAUUUGUCAUUCAUCAGGUUUGUGUGUGUGAGCUCUUCUCUUAGCCUUUUGUUUCUGACAGGAACAAGGCUCGGUCCAGUGUCCUGUGUCCACCGGUUUGGGCCAUCUAGUGAUUUGGGCCCAUUGUUUAGAUGAAGUGUUUGAUGGGCCGUUGGCUAAAUUUGUACGUUAUGAAUUCGGGUUAAGUGUGGGUGUUUCUUUUGUACCGGCAUGAUUAGGGUAGUGUGACAAAAAGUUUGGAGCACUGGACAUAUAAGGCAUUUUGACAGAAUCAACUUUUUUGACUCAAGAUUGCUAGUUAAAAAUGUUGCAUACAAUUUAAAUUAAGAUAAUAAUCAUUAAAGUGGUAAUAGCAUAAUGUGCUGCUGGAGUUAAUGGCGUGCACUAGCCACAAACCAUCAAGAGCCCAUAUAUAAUGAAUAUAUAUAAUCAUUUACGAACCGUGACUGACACCUCAUUAUCGCGUCCCCUUAGACAGCAUCAAUCACCCCGAUAACCCGAGAAUUCGCUGCAUUUGAGCCACAUUAAGCGUAUAAAACGGCAGCAAUCACAGUGAAUUCCAUUUGCCGUCGUACAAUAUAUACGUAACAGAAAAAAAAAACAAUAAAGUGCAACUGAAGCGGAAAGUGAAUGCAAAGUGAAUGAAAUAAAUUCGAACUGCGGCAGAGAAGUGAGUGAGUGAGUGAGUGAGCUGAGUUUAAGGAACCGCAACGGCGGCCGAGAAUCAUGAGCGAGAAACGAAUCGCACACAAAACUGUCAUCAAAUGACAAAUGCUUGACAGCAUCAAUCAACAAAAGCGACGACAGCGACGAUGGCAGCACGUUGCCGGUGGAGCUGGCGCCUGGCGCUCUGCCCUCUGCUGUUGCAACUGCUUCUGCUUCUGCUUCUGCUGCCAGCGGCGAUGGGCCAUGAUGAAACCAAAGAAAAUCCCGCUCCGGCCAUGCAAAACCGCCAGGAGCAGCAGCCAUAUGCCCACCUGCAACAUCUGCAGCAGCAGCACCAGCAGCAGGAAAAUCCACAAACCGUCCAACAACUUAGCCAAGUUACCGUGAAUAGAACAGCGAAAUCGCCCACUGCCACGCCCACGGGCAUCAGGGAGAACGUGAUGCUGCCAUCGGCCGAUCCCGAGAAGGAGGCCCAGAUCCUGUACGAGAAGUCCCUGCAGGAGUACCACGGCAGCCAGCUCUCCACCGCCUCCACCUCCACCUCCGCCUCCGCCGACGUCACCGCCGGCAAGCGGACGCUGCACGCCGUGUGUGAGCGGUGGCUGCAGAAGCACUGCCACUGCACCGGCAGCCUGGAGGUCCUGCGGCUCAGCUGUCGAGGAAUAGGGAUCCUGGCCGUGCCCGUCAACCUUCCCAGCGAGGUGGUCGUCCUAGAUUUGGGUAACAACAACUUAACCAAAUUGGAGGCGAACUCAUUUUUUAUGGCACCCAAUCUGGAGGAGCUAACUUUGUCGGACAAUAGCAUCAUUAAUAUGGAUCCCAAUGCAUUCUAUGGCCUGGGCAAACUGAAACGAUUGAGCCUGCAGAACUGCGGCCUCAAGUCCUUGCCACCGCAGUCGUUCCAAGGACUUGCUCAGCUGACCAGCCUACAGCUGAAUGGCAACGCCCUGGUCAGUCUGGAUGGCGAUUGUCUGGGCCACCUGCAGAAACUGCGCACCUUGCGAUUGGAGGGCAAUCUCUUCUAUCGCAUUCCCACGAAUGCCUUGGCCGGACUCAGAACCCUAGAAGCACUCAAUUUGGGCAGCAAUUUGUUGACAAUAAUAAACGACGAGGACUUUCCGCGAAUGCCAAACUUGAUCGUCCUUUUGCUGAAGCGAAAUCAAAUCAUGAAAAUCUCCGCGGGAGCCCUAAAAAAUUUAACCGUCUUAAAAGUUUUAGAGCUGGACGAUAAUUUAAUAAGCAGCCUGCCCGAAGGACUCAGCAAAUUGUCGCAACUGCAGGAGCUCUCCAUCACCAGCAAUCGACUGCGCUGGAUAAACGACACGGAACUGCCCAGGAGCAUGCAAAUGCUGGACAUGAGGGCCAAUCCGCUGUCCACAAUUUCGGCAGGGGCGUUUCGGGGGAUGACCAAGUUGCGGAAGCUGAUUUUAUCGGAUGUGCGCACUCUGCGCUCCUUUCCCGAACUAGAGGCCUGUCAUGCGCUGGAAAUACUGAAACUGGAUCGUGCCGGCAUUCAGGAGGUGCCAACGAAUCUGUGCCGUCAAACGCCAAGACUGAAGAGUUUAGAACUAAAAACCAAUUCCCUAAAACGCAUCCCAAAUUUAAGUAGCUGCAGAGACUUAAGGCUGUUAGAUCUAUCGAGCAAUCAAAUUGAAAAGAUUCAAGGGAAGCCCUUUAAUGGAUUGAAGCAAUUGCACGAUCUGUUGCUCUCCUACAAUCGAAUCAAGGCACUGCCCCAAGAUGCCUUUCAGGGCAUUCCGAAGCUCCAACUUCUGGACCUGGAGGGCAAUGAGAUCUCGUACAUACACAAGGAGGCCUUCUCCGGCUUCACAGCCCUCGAGGAUCUUAAUUUGGGCAACAAUAUAUUUCCAGAGUUGCCUGAAUCGGGCCUGCGCGCUUUGCUACACUUAAAAACCUUCAACAAUCCCAAGCUUAGGGAGUUUCCCCCACCUGACACCUUUCCCAGGAUCCAAACUCUUAUACUCUCGUAUGCCUACCACUGCUGCGCGUUCCUGCCAUUGGUGGCCAUGUCCUCCCAGAAGAAAACCUCCCAGGUCCAGGAGGCAGUCCUCUUUCCCUCCGAUGCGGAGUUCGAUAUGACUUUGUGGAACAAUAGCAUGAUGAAUAUCUGGCCGCAAAUGCAUAAUCUCAGCAAGCAGUUGGGCGCCUCCAUGCACGAUCCUUGGGAGACGGCUGUCAACUUCAACGAGGAGCAGCUGCAGACGCAGACGGGAGGCCAAAUCGCCACCAGCUACAUGGAGGAGUACUUCGAGGAGCACGAUGUGAGUGGUCCUGCCACGGGAUACGGAUUUGGUACUGGGCUAUUCUCCGGUAUGUCCACAGAGGACUUUCAGCCGGGCUCGGUGCAGUGCCUGCCUAUGCCAGGACCUUUUCUGCCCUGCGCCGAUCUCUUCGAUUGGUGGACUCUGCGCUGUGGAGUGUGGGUGGUGUUUCUACUGUCGCUCCUGGGCAACGGAACGGUGGUGUUUGUGCUGCUGUGCUCGCGAUCUAAGAUGGAUGUGCCCCGAUUUCUAGUCUGUAAUCUGGCCGCGGCGGACUUCUUCAUGGGCAUCUACCUGGGCAUCUUGGCCAUUGUGGAUGCGGCGACGUUGGGCGAAUUUCGCAUGUUUGCCAUUCCUUGGCAGAUGUCCGUGCUCUGCCAGUUGUCCGGAUUUCUCGCCGUACUCAGCUCAGAACUGUCCGUUUACACGUUGGCAGUGAUCACCUUGGAGCGCAAUUACGCCAUCACUCAUGCCAUUCACCUGAACAAAAGGCUCUCCUUGAAGCAGGCGGGAUAUAUAAUGAGUGUGGGAUGGGUUUUUGCCCUGAUCAUGGCCUUGAUGCCCUUGCUGGGAGUCUCGGACUACAGGAAGUUUGCCGUGUGCCUGCCAUUCGAGACUACCACUGGACCGGCCAGCUUGACCUAUGUAAUCUCAUUGAUGUUCAUCAACGGAUGCGCUUUUCUCACUCUGAUGGGCUGCUACCUGAAGAUGUACUGGGCCAUUAGGGGCAGCCAGGCAUGGAACACGAAUGAUUCGCGAAUCGCCAAGCGAAUGGCUCUGCUGGUCUUUACGGAUUUCCUCUGCUGGUCACCGAUCGCCUUCUUCUCCAUCACUGCCAUCUUCGGUCUGCAACUGAUCUCGCUGGAGCAGGCCAAGAUCUUCACGGUUUUUGUGCUGCCCUUGAAUAGCUGCUGCAAUCCCUUUCUCUACGCCAUAAUGACCAAGCAGUUCAAGAAGGACUGUGUAACAUUGUGCAAACACUUCGAGGAAUCCCGCGUUGUGGGCGGCGGUGGGCCGGGUGGCCGUGGUGCAGUGGCCAGAACCAAGAGGGGGGAGCUCCCGCCACCUCUCUUGCCCGCUGCAGCGGUGGCACAUCCGCCCGGCUGUCGCUGUCUGCGGAUGUUGCCCAGCGAAAUGCCCAACUGGCACAAAAUGGAGCAGGCGCCGAGCUUGUGGCAGAGACUGAGAACCUUCUGCUGCGGGGAGAGUCGAAGGCGCCGCAAACAGCGUCGGCAACCGCAGCAGCGACGUCAGAGAGCCUAUACUGCCGCAGCCGCGAAUCCGUAUCAGUAUCAGUUCGCUGAACUGCGUCAGCAACGCCAGAAUCGAGCCAGUUCCAUUUCCAGCGAGAACUUCUGCAGCUCACGAUCCUCCAGCUGGCGACAUGGGCCACCAUCGUCAGCUCCCGUGCCACCGGGUAACUGCAGCAUGCCGCUGAAGAUGCUGGAGCCACAUGCUCAUCCGCACGGUCAUGGUAGAAGGCGCCACUCCGCCUGGCUGAUCACGCGGAAAACGUCGCAGGACUCGAACUUGUCCAGCUCGCGAAAUGACUCCUCCGCCUCGGCCACCACCGCCAGCACCUCCACCUUCCGGCUAUCCCGGUCGAGUGCCGGCAGCAGCACACCCCUGCCCCCCAUCAUAGCCCACAACGGGAAGGGCCAGUUGGAUGCAGUAAAGCCACGCUUGGUCCGCCAGGAAGCGGUCCAGGAGGAGGAGGACUCGUCACCACCUCGUCUGGGAGUGCGUUUUCUGCCCACCAUACCCUCGGCAGCCGACAGUUCUGUCGUCAUGGAGGAUGGCGACUCGGCCAACACGGGAGUGGCCAGUUUUCUGGGCAUGCCACUUCCUGGGGCGUCCAGCGGCUUCCUAAUAGCGGCAACCACUGCUGCCACCUCCCCACCACCGGUGGUGCUGCAGCCAGCAAAGCCACCGCCCGAUCCCAACGACGCACCAAUAUGAUGGUGGGACUGGCGCUGGCGAAGAUUGGAUGGGGCCAACCGGGAGACCUUUCUGUAAAAGUAAUGGGGAACAGGACAAAAGCUGACUGUGUUCAUAGAUUGUAUAUGGGGUGGGAUGGGGUGGUGUUGAGGGCUGUUCGAUGUGUUUGGCCUUUAGGCUAAGAAAGACACAAAAUAUAAUAUUCGCAUUAGGCAUAAAAAAUAUAAUGUAUUUGUAGCAUUAAGUAGCCAAUUUGUUAAGUGAGAACAGCCGAAGAUCAGGAUCCAAUUAAAUCAACACAUAAGCCCAAAGGAUAGCAACGUUAAAAGGAUCAGUUACAACUCUAGUUUCUCAAAUGAUUGUUAAAUGUUGAAAUACAACAAAAAAGUUUUUUGAGUUUUGUGCAUCGACUGGACGUAAAAUUGUAUUAAUUUUUAUUUAGGUAAAUAUAUGACCCUUAUUCGAUUGCCAGCAACCAGUAAACCAGAACUGGUAUAUGAACAACACUUUGAGAAACUGAAGCUGACGAUGAGUAUUAAGUAUUACCUAAUUUAUUACGGUAGAUUACGUUUUUAAACUUUAACCAUAAAUGUUUAGCUUAACUAUAUAUAUAUAUAUAUUUAUAUACGUGUGUAUUAUUUUCGAUGCCAAGCAUCCUUCGGUGUAAAACUUAAUCGAAUGAGAAGAUUGUAAAGGAAACCAAGCCAUAAACAUUGAAAUUAAAAUAUUUCCACA